AGGAUAGGAGAGAAGAUCCAGGAGCUCUUCGACACGGGGAGGAUAGCCAAGUUGGAGACCAUGAAAAGCAACCCGAACCUCAAGAUCCUCCAGGAGCUGAAAAACGUGUGGGGGGUCGGGGACACGUUAGCCCGUCGGCUCAUCGCUGCCGGGAUCCGCAGCGUGGAGGAGCUGAAGGGGAAGACAACGGUCGGGGAGGGGGCGAGGCAGGUGCACCUGCCGACCCACGUGAGGAUCGGGGUAGAGCACAACGAGGACAUCAACACGAAGAUGCCAAGGAGGGAGGUGGCGGCGCUGGAGCAGGCGAUCCGCCAGCAUGCACAGCGAGUGGGGGGAGCGACGGUGGAGGUGAUCGCGUGCGGGAGCUACAGGAGGGGGAAGCAGGAGAGUGGAGACAUCGACUGUCUGCUCACGCGCAAGGACGGAGGGUGCGGCGUUGAGGUCGUGGAGAAGCUGAUGGAGGAGCUUCAGAGCGAGUUCGACGUGAAGACGCUCUCCCUCCCCUCGAGGAGCGCGAACCACGACGGAUGCUGCAACUGGAUGGGUAUCCUGCGGAGGAAGGGGACGGAGGGGAGGUGGAGACGGUUUGACGUCAAAUCGUACCCCAUAGACCAGGUCCCUUUUGCCCUACUGCACAUGACGGGAUCCGACCACUUCAACCGCUCCAUGCGCCUCCUAGCCAAGAAGAAGGGCCUCUCCCUCUCUGACCAUGGCAUCUACCGAGUCACCCGCGGAGGGGAGGAGGAGGAGAAUUUCUCCCUCCCCUUUAAAUGCACCCGAGAGAAGGACGUGUUCGACAUCCUCCGUGAGUACCUUCCUCCU